AUGGUAGGCCAGGGUCCAUCUCACGCGUCGAAUCGCCUCGAGGAGCGCAUGAAUUUUGACGUCGAGAAUCCACAGGCAAUGCCCGCUGGCUACAAACCUUCCCCACUAGGACCAUAUGGCUCUCCGCGCAGCUCACCCUUCCGACGACCAGAGUCUCCAGCAUCGCCUUCUGCCGUGCGCCAAGCCUCAACACAAGUCACUCCUUCCGGAUCACCGACCAAGGCGUCCUACGCUACCAACAACGGGCGAUUCGGCAACCCAACUACUCCAACAGAGACAGUCGAGAGCCGUACACCGAGAGUGCGCACGCCCACUGGCGGCGAGACCAGCAACAUCAUGACCUCGCCCAUCGCUGCGCGGCCAGCGUUGAAGAAGAGCGUCAGCCACGGCGGCGCCAUUGCGCAAUUGCAACCUGCUCAAGUCAGGACACUCAGAGAAGGAUUCGAGAUUCUGGAUCGCGACAGCGACGGCAUCAUUAACAGAGACGAUGUGGCGGACAUGCUAAACCAGCUGGGCCUGCCAUCCAACGCAUCCGACGUAACACAUUUCUUCCCGCCAUCCGCACCUCAGACGAUGACGAUGGCGACCUUUCUCAACUCUCUGGCCACGAUGAUGGCCUCUCUAUCCCAUCAAUCCGAGCUUCUCUCCGCCUUUUCCGCGUUCGACGACGACGACAGUGGCCAGAUCAACCUGAACGAGCUGCGAGACGCGCUGCUCAAUACUGCGCCAGAGCCUGGCGAACGUCCGCUGACGGAGGCCGAGGUCGAGAAGGUGAUUGAAGGCUUCACGGGCCGAAGAGCGUUCAGUCGCAGCAUGCAAAGCGGAUUGGGCAAGCGCGGCGAGGUUUUUAGAUACCAAGAUUUUGUCAACUCCAUCAUGGGUUCCUCCAACACGGCGUCAGAGCCUAACUCGGCCGAAGGAUCGGAGGACUGA